AUGACACCAGGGGAAAUGGAGAUGGUGGAAGUGUUCACUUUGGAAGGCAAAGGCAGGGGGUUGAAGGCAGCCAAGGAAUUCUGGGCUGGGGAUGUCAUCUUCGCGGAGCCAGCCUACGCUGCGGUAGUUUUUGACAGCCUUACUCAUCUGGUCUGCCACACCUGCUUUAAAAGGCAGGAGAAGCUCCACCGCUGUGGUCAGUGUAAGUUUGCCCACUACUGUGAUCGAACCUGCCAGAAGGACGCCUGGCUGAACCACAAACAUGAAUGCUCUGCCAUCAAGGCGCAUGGGAAAGCGCCCAACGAAAACAUCAGGCUGGCAGCCCGCAUCAUGUGGAGGAUAGAGAGAGAGGGAGGUGGCCUUACGGAGGGCUGCUUGGUCUCCAUCGACGACUUGCAGAACCACGUGGAGAACUUCGGAGAAGAGGAGAAGAAAGAGCUGAGAGCCGACGUGGAGAGUUUCCUCAACUUCUGGCCCCCCCCGAGCCAGCAGUUUGGCAUGCAGUACAUCUCUCAUAUAUUUGGAGUGAUAAACUGCAAUGGCUUCACCCUGAGUGACCAAAGGGGUCUGCAGGCUGUCGGUGUGGGCGUCUUCCCCAAUCUCUGCCUGGUGAACCAUGACUGCUGGCCUAACUGCACUGUCAUAUUCAACAACGGCAAUCAUGAGGCUGUAAGAUCAAUGUUCCACACACAGAUGAGAAUCGAGCUGCGUGCGCUGGGUAAGAUCUCACCUGGGGAAGAGCUGACUGUCUCCUAUGUUGAUUUCCUCAACGUCAGCGAAGAGCGGAGGCAGCAGCUGCAGAAGCAGUACUAUUUUGACUGCACGUGUGAGCACUGCCAGAAAGGGAUCAAAGAUGAUCUGAUGCUGGCUGUAAAAGAAGGUGAAAACAAGCCCUCCCAAGAUGUAGUGAAGGAAGUUCUCCAGUUCUCCAAGGACACCCUGGAGAAGAUCAACAAGGCCCGCUCCGAGGGGGUCUACCACGAAGUUGUGAAGCUCUGUCGUGAGUGUCUGAAGAAACAAGAGCCCGUACUGGGCGAUACUAACAUCUACCUGCUGAGAAUCCUGAGCAUCGCUUCGGAAGUGCUCUCCUACCUCCAGAUGUUCGAGGAAGCAUCAGGCUAUGCAAAGAGGAUGGUUGAUGGUUACAUGAAAAUAUACCAUCCCAACAAUGCGCAGUUAGGGAUGGCAGUGAUGCGGGCAGGGGUCACCCACUGGCAUGCCAGUCUCAUUGAAGCAGGGCACGGCAUGAUCUGCAAAGCCUAUGCUAUUCUUCUGGUGACCCAUGGACCUACCCACCCAAUCACCAAAGACCUGGAGGUCAUGCGUGUCCAGUCGGAGAUGGAGCUGCGCAUGUUCCAGCAGAACGAGUUCAUGUAUUACAAAAUGAGAGAAGCAGCCCUGAAGAACCAGAAGAUCCAAGUUAUGUCUGAGCCCACCAAUGAAGCUCCAUCAGGCCUCUUCCACACAAAGCAGUAACCACAUAGCUUCCAGUUAUCUGUAUUCCUGCACAUCUGAUAGAACAUCAACCCUUUCCUUCCAAAUCUGAAGAGAUUAUUUGUAAUGAGCACAAUGCCAUCUAACUAAGAACACAUAAAUCUCCCGAGAGUAGCUCUUGACAAGUAUUCUUCCAGGAGCUCAGGGCACCAGCUAAGAAAUAUUUAACAGGAAAUAGAUCUUGUUUCCACAAA